AUGAGACUCUACGCGACCUUGCUCAAUCCUUGCUCGAGGUCUGCCAAUGCUGGCAAGUUGAUGAUGAUGAGCAAACUCUCGUCAGCUUCAUCAUCAGCUGCAACAACAACUGGAGUAGCAACAACAACACAUACUUCAUCAGCAAAUUUAUUUUUCAACAACACAUCUUCAAGACAUUUUUCUUUGUGUUCUUUUCAGUGUGCAGGAGCCGAUGAGAACCAGUCAUCCUCUAGCACACCCUCAAGUUCUGAUAGAAAACCACAAGGAGAACGUAAACCUUUUGUAAGGAACUAUGAUAGACAAAAGCAACAACAACAACAGACUGGUGAACGAAGAUUCAGCAACCAACAACAAGGAGAGAGAAGACAAUUCAACAACCAACAACAAGGUGCUAGACAAAGAACACAACCUAGUACUCAAAACACACAAUACGUCAAGAAACCCUACAAACCAAGAACCGCUACAGAAGGUGAACAAACAAACACUCAACAGGAGCCAACCACUACAGGAACCAUGCCAACCACUAGUGGCACUUCAACCAAAGCCAAGCGCACAAUUCCAAAAGAAGAAGCAGAAAACUUGCUUAAAGAGGCUCAAAAACUCAAGGAACUUCAAAGGAAGCUCAACAAGAAUACUGAAGAAUCGACUGGUGGCACUCCAGUACCAAUUGAUGAUGUUAUGAUGAUGGAAGAAGAUUUACUUGAACCAACAAAGUUUGUUGACAAGAGUGCACUGAGUGAAGAAAUUGAAAAGAAGAAAUACUUAAUGAGACUCGAAGGAAAGAAAAAGCAAAAUACAGGAGAGAAAGCUGCAAGCACUAAAAAGAAGGGAGCCAAAAAGAGAGAAAGAAAGAGAAGUAAUGAAUCUGAGGAGUCAGAAGAAGCAACCGAGGAAAGCAAAUCACUUCAAAUACGAAAAAAGACUGGAGAAGAGGAGGAAGAUGUAUUCAAAGUAGACAUUGAAAUGAACCCAAAAUAUGCCGAAUAUAUUGACAGAAUGUAUACUGGUACUACCCCUCAAUUACUUGCAGAACAAAAUGCCCUUCUUCCCACCAGAGGCUUAAUUCCUACUUUAUCUGAAAUGGGAGCAGAACAUGGAUCAAACUUUGCACCUGUUAUGAAACAAAUGCUUGUUACAAACCUUGUGAGAGACGAGCAUUUUGAAUUUCUUUUUGGUUACCUGAAAAAUUAUCAAAUUCUGGCUAAAAAGAUUUUGGACUGCAUGGAAGAUAAAGAUAGAGCAGCUGAAAUUCAAGAAAUAUACCCAAUAUUGGCAGAACAAUCGCCCAUGGAAGUAACUUCUAGAACAGACCUUGAGGAAAAUUUUGAUAGACCAGAAACAAGAGCAACUCUGUACAGCUUGUUCGAUCCUGAUUAUUUCGUGAACAUGGAGGCUAUUGAGGCAAAGGCUACAAAAGAAUUGGAACGAUUGUCUAAAGAAGGACAACUCACACCACAUGUGUUGGAGCCAUAUAAGCAAGAAAUUCCAACAUCAUUACUGGCUGAAAAGCUUUUGGACUACUUUAAUGGUAAACUUUUCACUUUGCAAAUUGGAGGCGCUAGCGAUUUCAUGUUGCAGGCUCAAACAAUCAAAACCUUGGCAGAGGAUUGUUUCGAUACUAUUGUAAGAAAAAGAGGUUCCGCUGCUCUUCCAUAUCUUCCAGAAUCUGAGAGAAAUUUCAUCGAGGAGAGAGAACGAAAAUUGGCAGCAAAGUAUGGAAUUACACGAGAGAAUUUGCAUACCUUUGUUUCCAAAGAUAAAAUGUACCAAGAAGAAACUUACCAGAGCUUGAAUGGAAGAAUUGAAGAAUUACUUUCAAAGAAGCGUUCGAAUAGACUGGCCAUUGAAAAUCGAUUUAAACUUGAACAACCAAAUGAUGAUUUUGAUCAUGAAGAUGCUUAUUAUUAUGGUGACGAGGCAAAUCCAGUGGAAAGAAAACAAGAAAUAUCUCAAGCUGUUGAAUCUUAUAUGGCGGACUAUCCAGGACUUCCAUUAAAGAAUCACGUGUCAGCCCUCAUGGAAAGAGUUAGACAACGAGUGUAUCUAUUGAAAAGAUUUGUUCAUGAACCAAAGUUUGAUUCUUUAGCCUACAUUAGAGACGUUCCAUUUACUAGUGGUCUGUAUCACCAUGCAGGUAAAAUUGGAAAAUAUGCCAAGUUUGCUCCUCUUGAAAGAAACUUUGAUGAAAUUAUUGAAGCAAACAGUGCUCCAGACACUGUUGCUAGACUUGUCCUCACCAACUACUCACGUGCUUUGGGACAAAAUGACACUCUUGAUAUGAAAUCCAAGAUGAAUCUCAUGCAUAGAUUUGGAGCAUACGUAAAGAAGGUUGACGCUGAAGGAGGAUUAUCAAUGCCAAGUCCAAUUCGACCUGGUAAACUCACACACAUGCAUCCUAACAGAGUCAAUCCUCGUGAUGCUAAGCUUGAUGUACUCAAAAUUGAUGACGAAAAUGACCCAUUCUGGAAGGAUAUGUUCGCAAAUAUGGAUUACAUCCAACAAAUCAAACAAAAGAGAUUUGAGAAGGAAACUAGAAAGUCUGACAUUGGACGAGGAGGCAAACCUGCCCCAGUCAAAUCCAAGGCUAAGAAAAAGUAA